AUGGAUUCCGAUUUGGAGUACAUAUACGAGCAGUAUGUUGGGUCCUCCGACGGCUCGUCGGACAAGGAGGACUACUCCGAUGAGACGACGAUGAUGUUGGCGGUCCUUGAAGAAGCGGAGCGUGAGGAGGAGCAUAUUCUCAAUUUCAAGGGCUCGAUCAAGGGUCAUCGAGUGCUUAACCGCAAUAGGGCGCGCGGGCAUCUGACACUGAUGGCCGACUACUUUGUCCCCGAUGCACUAUUUGCUGACCAUUUUCGCCGGCGUUGUUUUUGGAUGCGCAAGACUGUCUUCGAUCGUUUGUACCAUGGCGUCCGGUCAUACGAUGACUACUUCAUCCUGAAGAAGGAUGUCGUGGGAACGAUUGGCUUCUCUGGUUACCAGAAGUGCACGGCCGCACUCAGGAUGCUUGCUUAUGGCAUGGCGGCUGAUUUGUGGGACGAGUACCUACGGGUGUCUGAGAGCACAUGCGGAGAUGCCAUGGUCAGGUUUACAACUGCAGUGGUCGAGGUGUUUGGACCUCAGUACCUGAGAGAACCAACCAUGGCAGACACCGAGAGGCUCCUGGCAAUCUCAUAA